AUGUUCCCUGUGGCCAGGGCCGCGCUGAACCUCGCCGCUCGUGGCGUCCAGCACACUGCAGUCAGACAGGCUCAUCGCAAGCGUGAGCCAGACUUUCACGAUAAAUAUGGAACUAUGGUCCUCCUUGGUGGAGCUGCAGUUUUCGCCUCUGUCUGGGGAUAUGUGCUUACACAGCUUGGAAUUGAGUGGGGCUUGUCACCUGUUGGCAGAGUCACACCAAGAGAGUGGAGGGAGUAA